ACAAAAAUAUAAUUACGGGCCCAAAUGGAUAGAUAGGCGCAGGAGAGGAGACCAGAGGAAACCACCUUCAGUUCACAAACCGCUCGGCGACAAAGCCGAAGAACACGAGGAGGAGGAGAACCAGAAGUGGCGGCUUCCUGAGCUUCGAAUUGCGCGGAACCAGACAUUCUCCGAGUUUUCUCAGCGGAAAUGGACUCGACCGAUUCGUACGCCGCGGCUUCUCCUGAGGAGGUGACGAAGAGAUCCCAGGAAGAGCAUAACCCUUUGGAAACAGAGCCUGCAGAGAAGCCGACACACCUUCGUUUCCUUGUAUCCAAUGCAGCAGCUGGUUCUGUCAUCGGGAAAGGUGGCUCGACAAUCACUGAUUUCCAGGCUAAGUCGGGGGCUCGAAUCCAGCUCUCACGCAAUCAAGAGUUUUUCCCUGGAACUACCGACAGGAUUAUUUUGAUAUCCGGAACAAUUAAAGAAGUUAUCAAUGCUCUGGAACUUAUUCUCGAUAAACUGAACAGUGAGUUUCAUGCUGAAGAUGGUAGUGAUGCUGAGCCUAGGAGAAGGAUAAGACUCGUGGUUCCGAACAGCUCAUGUGGAAGCAUCAUUGGAAAAGGAGGGGCCACCAUCAAGUCCUUUAUUGAAGACUCCAAAGCUAUUAUUAAGAUAUCUCCUCUGGACAAUACUUACUACGGGUUGAGUGAUAGGCUUGUGGCACUAUCCGGAACUCUGGAGGAACAGUUGCGGGCAGUUGAUAUGAUUUUGUCUAAACUUACUGAAGAUGCACAUUACUCUCAGAAUGUGCAUACCCCUUAUUCAUAUGCAGGUCUUUUCUACUCUGGUUUUCAUGGCCAUCCAUACGGGUAUGUGCUUCCUUCUGUUGCUACAGCGGGAUACAACUCGAUUAAUUAUGCGCCCAACGGUACUGGAGGCAAAUUUCAAAAUCACAAGGAAGAUGCUAGCAACUCGGUGACAAUAGGUGUUUCGGAUGAGCAUAUAGGCUUGGUCCUUGGUCGUGGAGGAAGGAAUAUCAUGGAAAUCACUCAGAUGAGUGGUGCCAGGAUAAAAAUAUCAGAUAGAGGCGAUUUCAUUUCUGGAACAACUGAAAGGAAAGUGACGAUCACAGGCUCACAGAGAGCUAUUCAUCAAGCCGAGUCCAUGAUCAAACAGAAAGUUGCUUCGGCCUCCGAGAGGGCGGAGGUCUCCUCCGAUUAAUCGGUUUAUAUGUCCAUCCUACUCGUUCUUUCUCACGAGGAAUUCGUUUGAUUGGCAUUCCUUACAGAUCGGGAAAAUCUUUGAUGAGGCAGAGAGCUAAAGCUUUUCUUAGGAACCGUGGUUCUUUAUUUUUAGUUAUGUUCUGCUUCUGGUUGCCUUUUCUUCUUCACUGCUGACUGUAUAAGGUAUGUUGUGUUCUGUCCUUUGUCCUGUCGUCGUAGAGAGAGAAGGCAUUGUUGUGGGAGCAGUUAUUUUAUUUUUUAAUAAUUACUGCAUAUCUAUUCCAAGUUUUGGUAUUUUUGUUGUAACA